AUGUGUCCAGGAAUAAUGGCGUCGAAAGCAAACACAGCGUCACUGAUCGACACUCGGGCCGAGUUGGCCGACCUCGUGAAGCGCAGGGCAGAGAUCGCCGAGACGUUGUGUUCAUUGGAGCGCCAGAUAUACGCCUUCGAGGGCUCGUACUUAGAGGACACCCAUCUCUACGGCAAUAUCAUCCGCGGUUGGGAUCGCUAUCUCAUGGCCAACAGGAACACAAACAGCAAAUCAGACAAAAGGAACCGAAAGUUCAAAGAAGCGGACCGUCUCUUCUCCAAGUCUUCCAUUACAUCCAUUCAAGCGGUCUCUGGACAGCAGUCGGAGAAAGAGUCGGCCGAUCAUAGCUCUGACAACGAGUCACACAAUGCCAACAGCGGUCCCGAAGAUGCGGGAGCGGACGGCCCUCUGUCUGCCGAUGAAGGCGUCACUCCCUCUAAGAUAGCGAAGUCAUCGCAGAAUCGGUCCAAAAAGGCCACUUCCAAGAGAUCCAGACAUAAAGCGAGUGAUGACUGAAGCGAUUGGUAUUGUCUUAAUUGUUGAUUGAAAUGAGAAGUGAAUGAUAAUCAUUGGAUCCGAAGAUAUUUGUAACGUUUAAGCUGUGGUCUCAUUAUAACAAUGAUUUCAUGAAUUACUUAUGAUAUAAACUCUAAAUCGUAUUAAAUGUAAAAUAAUGUCAUUUUUAUAACAAUUUCUAUUGAAUUAAUUUGUAUUUAUUUGAAUCAAUCGUAUGUACAGUGAUAUGAUUUUUGAUGCAUUUAAUAAUAAUAAAUCAUUUAUUCAAUUA